UUUACAAAUAUGAAAGCUUCAAACGAUUGAUUCUGGGAUGACUCUCAAUGUGUUGUCUCCGAUGACUACAAUGAGCCUCUGCCUAAGAACAGUGUCUACAAAUGGCAGAACAAUGACAAUGUUCUUGUAGCUGACAAAGGCCAUGCUAGACCUACAACAAAUAUGUGUGAUAAAGAUAACUCUGAAGACUCAAUGAUGAUCCCAAAGAUCAAAGAUGAUGGAGAAAUUGCAAUUUUACACCCGACACCAAGGCUUGGGUCAUUGGUAGAGAAGAUCAAGCACAAGAACAGAGAACAACGUUUGAAUGAGUUCAAGAAGCUCAAGAACUGUUCAUCUUGGAACUAUUCUCAUAUCCGAAACAAAAGUAAUGGUGAGAGAUUUUCUUCUUGGAAAUAUAAGUGAAGAGUUGAUCAAAAGUUAUCAUCGCAUAGAAUCCUGAACAGCAUUAAUGGAGGAUCUCAAACACUACUUUCAAACAUAAAGAAGUAGUCUUCUCCUCCGUACAAUUAAAUAACUUGUCCAUAAAAAUUCUU